CUGGGCGCUGAUGGAACAUACGCAAGUUGUGGGCAUGGAGAACCUGCUUUUGACCGACUGCGUCCUCCGCCACAUGCACGAGUACCGCUUCCUUGCCCGCCUCAACCUCGACGAAAUGCCCAUGUUGCCUAACCACGACUCCUUCCCGCUUUGGCUCAACGACCAGUUACAUCAGAAUUCGAUUCGAAAUGAGUCGGCCGAGAACCUCCCGCCGUCGUAUGAUCUGCGUUGGUAUUAUCAUCACGACGACCUAGGGACUCCGGCCUCCAGCGCUUCUCUUCCUGAGUAUCUGAAGUUCCUGCGUCAGUCUAAAAGGACAGUGAUGGACAUUUACCCAACAAACUACAACCCGACGUAUGACACGAAUCUCGUUACCGGUGUCUUCUCGAACGAUGUUGCUGUUUGUGCAAGCGGAAAGUGCCGAAGCGAGUCCUACCAGUGCCCGAGAGACGUGGCUUACCUUGGCCUCUACACCAAGACCUGCGGGGAAGCCUGCAGGAAGCCCGGUUCAACGGUGGAGGUGUCAGCUCUCCGGAAGUACAAGAACCGAGUGUCCAGUGCCGUUGCCAAAGUCCUGCAGGAGCUGCGUCUCGUCGUCUAAGUUGUACACUUAUUGUGCAGAUGUGAAGAAUUUGAGACAAUAUGUGUGUGUGUGUGUGUGUGUGUGUGUGU